AUGGCAGCACCAUCGAGUCCCGACGGGGAUGACGAGUCCACAACUAGACAUCUGCCCGGCCCACGCCAGCACCAGAGCGACUUGAAGCCUCGCCAGUCCGGUGAUAGGAACAUCACCAGCACGCGCGUGACCGCAGCGGCCAGGCCUCUCCCCACCCCGCCCGUGGCACAACAUUCUACUACCGACGUCACUCUGCCACCUGCACCGUUGCCUCCCUCGGGGGGCGCCGCGCCUCGCUCUGGCCUCACCGCCUCCUCCUCGGGCCGCAGGGUCGCGCCCAGGCGGUUCCACGAAUGCACCCACACCACCCUUGUCCGCAUGUACAGCCGCCGCCACGCCUGCGAGUCCUGCAGCAGGCUCUCGCCCGAGGGCUACGUCUUCCGCUGCGUCCAGGACCGCGAGCUGAUCCUAGCCAACCGCACCCGCCACGGCCAGCUGGAGCACGCGGCGUUCGACCGGCUGGGCCGCCAGCUGGCCGGCCUCGUCUUCGGGCGCGGCGGUGGGGCCCAGCGGCACGCCGAGAAUGUCGUCGCCACCGCCACCACCACCGCCACCGCCAGGGACGCGGCGCUCGGGGAGAGGACGGCAGCGGCGGCGGCCGAGACCGCGCCCUACAGUGAGGUGCAGAUCGAGGAGCUGGCCGGCCAGCGGAGGCGCGCGCUCCGCACCGCCAGGGAUGACACCUUCCGGGCCCUCUACCCCCGCACCGCCCCCGGGAUCCUGCGCCGCCGCAUGGAUUCCAUCGUGGACACCUUCCUGGGCGAGGCGCCAUGGGUCCCGCAGGAGCAGGACGAGUGCCGCCUCAGCGUCUGCCGGCAGUGCCGCCCCUACUACUCUGAGAGGUGCUUCUUGAGCCUGGGCGGGAUCGCCGACGGCGACGUGCCGCCGACGGCCGCUCUGGGAUUCGGCUUUCACGUCGACGAAAGCAGGCCCGUUAUCGAUGUGGCCGUGGCCAGGCGUCUUGGCCGUUGCAUUGUCUCCAAGGAUACCGAUCACUGCCGCAACGUGCCGCCUCCGCCUCCGUUCGACCUCAUGGAGCUGAUCCAGGCACACCUCGACGGCGCUGAUGAUUCGCAGGAACCCAUGGACAAAAGCAAGCCUCGAGCCCCGUCGCUUGACGGCAGUCGCGAAACAACCCCUCGGAGUGCUGUCGAGGCAAGCAACAGCUACACAACGGACACGCCGCCGUCUCCACCGUCCUGCGAGCAGACUGCCCGCUGUGCCACAGCGGUGUUGCACAGCAGCGCUCCGCGCCACCUCCUUGAUGACGGGGAGCUGGCCUGCGUGCCAACUCACUCUGGGCGGCCCCUUUCAUCCAGCCGAGAGCCGCUUGACGGUGCAGGUCGGACCCCGCUGCCUCGACCAGAACAGGACGAACCUGUAGUAUUUGCAGUGGGUACGAAAGCCUCGCCAGCUGCUGCCAACUCGACCGUCGAGCCCAGCGGGCCACCCCCACGGUCCGGCCACGGGUUCGUGCCCAAGACGACCAUGGAACAGCAAGAAGAGGCGGACGGCGUCUUUGGGGCGGGGCCGCUGGUUGUGCCCGGUGGGCUCGCGGUAACCGAGGAGGGCGUCGAGAUGGGCAUUGCAGACGUGGCCGCCACAAACGUAGGAUGA